UGACAGAUCAGCUAGCCUCCUUGCACUGCAAUUCUCCAAUAAAAGCUGGAAUAUUCCCAUCAUCUACAAGUGAAGACGAGCAGAAAUGGAUCAGGAAGAGCUGAAAUUUGUAAAGACUGAGUUUAUUAAAGAGGACAGUGAGAACAUGAGUGAUCCAGAACCCUGCAGAAUUAAACACACUGAAGAUACUGAGGAACAAAGUGACGUAAUGAAAGUGAAGGUGGAGAGCGAAGAACUGAGUGAAGUGGAAGAGAAAUAUCAUGUCAAUCUUGGACAAAAGCGUAUAAAUCAUUCAAAGACAAAGACAUUUUUAAAGAGAAGAAGAGCCAAGCAAUCUUUCAUCUGCAAUCAGUGUGGGAAGAGUUUUAUAAACACACGUAAUCUUGAGAUUCACAUGAGAGUUCACACUGGAGAGAAGCCGUUUACGUGUGGCCAGUGCGGGAAGAGUUUCACACAGUUAACAAAUUGUAAUCAACACAUGAAAAUCCACACCGGAGAGAAGCCACACACAUGUAAUCAAUGUGGAAAGAGUUUCACGCUGUUAAACACCCUUAAAGAACACUUAAAGAUCCACACUGGAGAGAAGCCACAUGCAUGUGAUCAGUGUGGAAAGAGUUUCACAUACAAACACAGUCUUGAGACACACGUGAGAGUUCAUACUGGAGAGAAGCCGUUUACAUGUGAUCAGUGCGGGAAGAGUUUCGCACAAUCAUCACAGCUUCAGAACCACAUGAGAGUUCAUACCGGAGAGAGGCCGUUCACGUGCGAUUACUGUGGGAAGAGUUUCACACGAUCAGGGAACCUUAAAGAACACAUAAGGAUCCACACCGGAGAAAAGCCGUUCGCAUGUGAUCAGUGCGGCAAAACAUUCCUUGUGGCGACCACCUUAAAGAAACACCUGCGAGUUCACACGAAGGAGAAGCCACAUUCAUGUUUUGUGUGUGGAAAGAGUUUUUCACUGCUCUAUAGUUUACGUUCACAUCAGAAAAUUCAUACUCAUGUAAAAGAACAUGUGUGCAUUGAGUGUGGGAAGAGUUAUAAUUUAGUGAAUGAAUUAAAACAGCACCAGAGAAUUCACACUAGAGGAAAACAUUACGAGUGUUCACACUGCGACAAGAGAUUCAGUCAGUCAUCAUCUCUGAAAACACAUCAGAGGAUCCACACUGGAGAAAAACCUUACAAGUGUUCACACUGCGACAAGAGAUUCACUCAGUCGGCAACUCUGAAAAAACAUGAGCGGAUCCACAGUAGAGAGAAGCCGCACACGUGCGAUCAGUACGAAACGGGUUUCGCUUUUGAAAGUCAGCUGAACCCAGGGCUCGACAAUAACGCUUGUCUGGACCAAGUGGAUUUUUUAAAGGUGCAAGUGGAAGAAUUUUACUUGGCCGACCCGACGAGUAGUCUGAUUUAAGGCGAGA